AAGGGAUAGUUCACUUAACAGCGCUGGAAGAAGAAUUUUUGUUCUGGUGUUCUGGGCAAACAAAAACCGGCACUUUGUUUUGUUUAAUUACGAAAACAAUGUUAAAAAUCACAGCAUGACUGCAGAAAGUCAAAGUCAUAGUUACAGUCAGCUGAAAGAACAUAUCUUGCUUCUGACGACCAAGCAAGACAAGCCAGGAAAAUGGAAUGUUUUCGUUUUGAUUUUGAGUCUUGUACUCGGAGCGGAAGUAUUUAUAACAACGUUUCUCCUGUACGAUUUGUCUAAAGAAAUAAAUCAGGUUCAAGAGGAGGCAAGGUUUGGCGAGUACCCCUUGCACUGUCUGCACCAGCUGGCUGAUCCUUCAUAUCAAGAGAACGCGUCGCUCAGUCCCGGAGGUCUUGCAAGUUGUGACUCGUUGAUCCACGAAUUAAGGAACAGCGCGCACAAGCAUCUAAUAUCUGGUAUCAGGAAUGCCCUGCACCAGGAGCUAACAGCCAACAACAUAACCCUGUCUCAUUCCAACAAACCUGUUAUUCACAUGGGGCCUGAGCAGGAGCUCAGGCAGUUCCCUUUGUGGCUGAAGAAGGAUGGAGAGGAGAACGUAAUAACAGUGGAUAAUAUUCGCUGGGACAAUAUUAACGGAUUUGCUGUUCAACAAGGCGUGAUAGGAUAUAGCCCCGAUGGCGAGGUUGUGAUACACCGGAAGGGACUCUACUUCGUUUACUCCCAGGUUUACUUCCAACUGCUUCCAUCGCUCCAAGGGAAACGUUCUCAGCCAUUUAUACAGUAUAUAUACAGGAAGACUGCAUCUUAUCAGGAGCCCAUCCUGCUUUCCAAAGCAGUUGUAACAAAGUGCUGGAACACAGCCCCGGACUUGCAGCUGUUUUCUAGCCACCAGGGGGCACUCUUCCAACUGCAGCAGGGAGACAAACUGUCUCUACAAGUUACUGAUAUUCAGGCUGUGCGGUUGCAAGAGGAGUCAACAUUUUUCGGAGCCUUUAUGAUAAAUUAAAUUCAGUGACAGCUAUGACAACUUAAAAUUUAACAAGCUACAAAAGUACCUGAUGUAACUGUAAAGAUUAUUUUUCCAUCAUAGGAAAUGUCCUAAUUUUCUUCAGCAACUUGUUGCUAAAGUCUAGCCCACAUCGUAUAUCAAACAAGGGCAAUAAAAUGAAUGAAAAAAGGAAAUACACUGUGUGUAAAAAAAAAAAAA